AUGGAUAUGCCAUUUCUGAAACUGCUAUCCUAUUUUCUGCUUCUUACCUUCUUGAAUUUCGCUUCUACUUCUGAAAUAGACAUCCCUGCUUACUAUGACCACAACUGCACAAGGAAUAGAAACUUCACUUCCAAUAGCCUCUACCAGUUCAACCUUAACACUCUUUUAAUUUCCUUCUACUCCACGGCCACCCGCAAUAACACCACUCCUGAAUUCUACACCAACAGCGUUGGCAGCAUAAGCUCGAACGACGCCGUAUAUGGAGAGUACAUGUGCCGAGGUGAUGUUCCCAGUCAGGUCUGUCGAGAUUGCGUUCAGGACGCCACAAAUAGAAUAGCCUCGAUGUGUACCUACAACAAAGAGGCAAUCAUCUGGUACGAGCAGUGCUUCCUCCGCUAUUCCGACCGCUCUUUCUUCUCCACCCUCCAACAACAGCCUGCUCACAGCGUGGUACGGAGGUAUAAGACAGGCAAGGAAGCGAACAAGACAUUGAAUGAUGCGGUGGUGGAGGCAGCGACAUCAGGGCCCACAGGUACCAAGAAAUUCGCAACAAAAGAAGCAAACUUGAGUACUGGGGAAUCGCUAUACGCUCUUGCAGAGUGCACGCCGGAUCUGUCCCCACAAUUCUGUGGUGAGUGUCUACAUGGCCUGAUAGAAGAUAUUCUGAAGGAGGAGGACUACCUGAAUGGUCCAUUGCAGAAUCCGAGCUGUUAUUUGAGACUCGAAACAUACCAAUUUUAUUAUAAGGGCAACCAGCAUCCCUCCAUUGGUUCCGCUUAUCCAGGGCUUGGAAGUCCUACUCUUGUACAAUGGAACUGCUCGACCACCGAAAGCUUUACUGUCAACGAUCCCUACCUAAACAACCUCAAAAGUCUCACUCUCGAGCUCUCCAGGACAUCCAAAGACACCAAAAGCAAUGGAUCCCACAGCACCACAGUCGGAAACAAUUCUAACACUACCGUCUACGGCCUCUUCAUGUGUCGCGGUGACGUGCCCCUUGAGCUCUGCCAUAAAUGCGUCAAUGAGGGAAUUACGGUACUAAACUCAACGUGUCCCUCUUCCAAGGAGGCUAUCAUUUGGUAUGACAUGUGCAUGCUUCGCUACUCCGAUCGCUCUUUCUUCUCUACCCUAGACACACAACCUAUAUAUGCAGUACCUGGUGGGUAUACGAUUGGAAACCAAACAGAGGGCUUCAAUCGGCUAUUAGCGAGUACACUAAACAGUUUAGUGGCGGCGACGUUGAACUCAUCACCGCAUGCAGGAGUGAAAAAUUUUGCAACAAAAACAGAAUUCAGCUCUUCGGAAUUGACAACGUUGUACACUCUUGCACAAUGUACUCCGAUCCUGUCCAGCCAAGAUUGUGAAAAAUGUCUAGGGGUUGCUCUGCAAAAUAUCACGUCAUGUUGUCUCGAAAGUAAAGGAGGACAAGUCAUGAAUCCUAGCUGCAACUUGAGGUUUGAAUCGUACCGAUUUUAUAAUGACAGUAAGAGUGAUGCUUCGGUUCCACCUGCGUAUCCCCCAAAUACUAGUGGUGUUUUGGAGCCACCUGCCCAUCCCCAAACUCACAAAGUUUCAGGUAAUGCAGGAAAAGAUAACGACCACUCACGAACAAUCAUAAUAGCGGUGUCCGUCACUACUGUGGUCUCAAUCAUGCUUUUUUGUUUCGGCUUCUGUUACUGGAAGAUUAAGAAGAGCAAGAGUUAUAAGGAGAUUUUGAAGAAAAACUUUGGAAGUGAAGGAGCCACAUUAGAGUCAUUGCAGUUCAAUUUGGCAACAAUUGAAGCUGCAACAGAUAAGUUCUCGAUUGAAAAUAGAAUAGGCAAAGGCGGAUUUGGAGAAGUCUACAUGGGCAUUCUUCCUGACGGUAGCAAAAUAGCAGUAAAGAGAUUGUCAGAAAAUUCUAGUCAGGGAUUAUUAGAAUUCAAGAAUGAGGUUCUACUAAUUGCCAGACUUCAACAUAGAAACCUGGUGGCAUUAUUAGGAUUUUGCUUAAAACAUCAAGAGAAAAUACUUAUUUAUGAAUACGUUCCCAACAAGAGCCUUGAUUACUUUUUAUUCGGUUCACAAAAGUCAAGAGUGUUAAAUUGGUUGGAGCGUUACAAAAUUAUAGAAGGAAUUACUCGAGGAAUUCUUUAUCUCCAUGAACAUUCACGUCUAAAAGUAAUACAUCGAGAUCUCAAACCUAGCAAUAUUUUGCUAGAUGAUGAAAUGAAUCCAAAAAUUUCUGACUUUGGCAUGGCAAGAAUGGUUGGUAUUAAUGAAACUAGAGGAAACACAAAUAGAAUUGUUGGAACACGGGGCUACAUGUCUCCAGAAUACAUUAAGGAUGGACUAUUUUCUGAGAAAUCAGAUGUUUACAGUUUUGGAGUCUUUGUUUUAGAAAUUAUAAGUGGAAAGAAUGUACACUCUCAAUGUGAAUCUCAUGAAUCUCAAUAUACUGGGGGACUCUUAAGUGAUGCUUGGAAGCAUUGGAGGGAUGGAAGAUUGACAGCUAUAUUGGAUUCGAAUCUGACAGAAGCUGGGUCACAUAGUGAAAUAAUCAAAUGCAUCCAUAUCGGCUUGUUGUGUGUGCAGGGAAAUCCAGGAGCAAGGCCUUCCAUGAAUAAAGUUGUUCAAUAUCUGAAUAAUGAUUCAAUGCAAUUGCCAAUUCCUCAAGAACCAGCAUUCUUCAUCCACAGUCAAAUGGAACCAGCAGCAACCAGUAGAGAAAUGGAGGCUCGACUUGGCAACCACAAUCAAUAUUCCAUCAACGAAGUGUCGGAGAGUAUAAUAUCUCCUCGCUAG